AUGGUGUCGGACCAAGAAAUAGCGGAAGGCUUAGAGACACUGCUCCAUCAGUCGAACCCUGGCUCUCUCACCUCCUUAAACGGCAUCGUACAGCAGCUGGAAGCAAAGCUAGGGUUAGACCUGUCCCAUAAAGCUGGUUUCAUCAGGGACCAUAUCACUUUCCUCCACCGCUCACACCAUCUUCCCAAAGACCAUUUUGCCCCUCAACCCCAUCCUCAAUUCCCUAAUAUUCCUCAUCCCCGACAGGUUCUUCAUCCCCAUGUUGUCCUUCAGCAGCAGCCGCACCUAUCCCACCACCAGCACAAUCCUUAUCCGCCGCCCCUGCCGCUGCAGCCGCAGGUGAAACACAGUCAGCUGCAGCCGCUGCCUAAAGGCGGAGAUGAUGCCCCGAAUUCAUCAGCAAAUGCUUCUGAAAUGCCAAAACCAAGCACUCUGACUGGAACCAAAAGACGAGGUGGUCCCGGGGGCCUGAACAAAGCGUGUGGUGUGUCACCUGAACUACAGACCAUUGUUGGUGGGCCAGCAAUAUCAAGGACGGAGAUUGUAAAACAGCUAUGGGCAUACAUUAGGAAACACAACCUUCAGGAUCCAGGUAACAAAAGAAAUAUAAUCUGUGAUGAUGCCUUGAGAUUGGUUUUCGAAACGGACUGCACUGAUAUGUUCAACAUGAAUAAGCUGCUUGCGAAGCACAUUUUUUCACUCGAUCCAAUGAAAGAAUCAGGUCAAGCUAAGAAGCUGAAGGUUGAAAAAGAGUCUCCAAAGGAAAAUACUGUAACGGGUUACUUUAAUGUGGUAUUAUCAAACAAACUUGUGAACUUUUUAGGAACCGGAGAAAGAGAAAUGCUCCUAUCGGAGGCAUUAAGACGUGUGUGGGACUAUAUAAAGGUUAACCAGCUGGAGGAUCCUCUGGAUUCGUCUGUGAUUCAUUGUGAUGCAAAGCUUCAGGAUGUUUUAGGACGUGAAAGAAUUUCUUCUUCAGAAAUGCAGGAGAUUCUUUCAUGCCAGCAUUUAUUUAAGAAAUGA